AGCCCUGGUAUUUGACUAAAAACAAAACAAAGCAUGCGGAUGCAGAGGAGGCCUUCAGAAUCCGGACAAAAAUGACUACUACUCUAGAAGCCCAGCUUUCGGACAAGCUGCAGAUGAUGGACGACAAGGACACUACUCAGGAGCCGGAAAAGCAGAAGAAGACCAGCAGUGCACCCAUUAGUUCCGAUGGCACACAGCCGUUGCCGCCUCCCACUGUGAGUGCCACCAAGACCGCUGGUCCGGAGCCCGAGUUCUACGACAAGGCGCAGAAGUACUGGUCCGAGGUGCCGGCCACCGUCAACGGGAUGCUCGGCGGGCUGGGCUACAUCAGCGCCAUCGAUAUACAGGGAUCCAAUGUGUUUCUGCGCGAAAUCCGCGUGCCCGGCAACAGGUUGGCCCUGGACUGUGGCGCCGGAAUCGGUCGGGUGACCCGAAAUCUUCUGAUCCCUCGCUUUAACUGUGUGGAUCUGGUCGAGCAGGAUCCCGCGUUUGCGGAGAAGGCGCGGGAAUACUGCACCACUGGCGACCUGGCGCCCGAAAAGGUGGGCCAAAUCUACAACGUGGGACUGCAGAGAUUCACGCCCACGCAGCAGUACGACCUCAUCUGGAGCCAGUGGGUGCUGGGCCACCUCACGGACCGCGAUCUGGUAGCCUUCUUCAGGCGCAUCAAGCUGGGACUGGCGCCCGGAGCCUACUUUUGCCUUAAGGAGAACGUAAGCAGCUCCAAGAAGACGUUGGAGGACAAGGAGGACUCAUCGGUCACCAGGCCACUGGAGAGCUACGAACGCUUCCUAAAGGAAGCCGGAUUCCGCAUCGUGCGCAAGGUCAAGCAACACAACUUCCCCAAAGGACUCUUUCCGGUCUACAUGAUCGCCUGCAAGCCCGUCUCCAAGGAAUAGGUUUAGCGUUUAGUUAGUUUUAGCAUUGACGUACGAACCAUUAUACUACAGUUAUCCUUAAAGCAAAUUCAAUGUCACAUUACUAGCUAGUCAUUUAAAAUUAAACGUUCUGAACAAUAAACAAACAAGCUUAGAAGAGCUUUUAAACGUUCCCUAA